AGGCAUCACUUCUUAACUUAAAGACUAAAAGUUGUCACCUUUCUUCUUCUCCUAACUAGCCACAUUUGGAAGGCUAGGUGGUGUAAUUUUCCGGCGAUAUGAGGCUACACGGUGGCGGCCAUGCCAAGGGUCGUCAAUAUUUGCCACAAAUCUUAGUGGUGUUGGCCAUAUUAGUUUUUGCUAAUGUAGUGUCGGCAGACCCUUAUGUAUACUCCUCACCACCACCUCCAACGUACGAGUACAAAUCACCUCCGCCUCCUUCUCCUUCUCCACCACCACCUUAUAUAUACAUAUCUCCACCUCCUCCAUCACCUUCUCCUCCGCCACCAUAUGUCUAUAAAUCACCUCCUCCUCCUUCUCCAUCUCCACCUCCUCCAUAUGUGUAUAAGUCUCCACCCCCUCCAUCACCAUCACCACCUCCACCAUAUGUGUAUAAGUCUCCACCACCUCCCUCACCAUCUCAGCCUCCACCUUAUGUGUAUAAGUCUCCACCACCUCCAUCACCAUCUCCACCUCCACCAUAUUAUUACAAGUCUCCUCCUCCACCAUCACCCUCACCACCACCUCCAUAUUACUAUAAGUCUCCACCUCCACCUUCAUUGUCACCUCCACCAUCAUACUAUUACAAAUCUCCACCACCGCCUUCACCGUCACCACCCCCACCAUAUUAUUAUAAGUCUCCACCGCCACCUUCUCCUUCACCCCCUCCACCAUACUACUACAAAUCUCCACCACCUCCUUCACCUUCUCCUCCACCACCUUAUUACUACAAGUCGCCACCUCCUCCAUCACCAUCACCACCACCACCAUACUAUUACAAGUCUCCUCCUCCACCAUCACCAUCACCACCCCCACCUUACUAUUACAAGUCUCCACCACCACCUACUAAAUCACCUCCUCCCCCAUACUACUACAGUUCUCCACCACCACCAGUGAAGUCUCCCCCUCCACCAUAUUACUACUACUCACCACCACCACCGAAGAAAUCACCUCCCCCACCCUAUCAGUACACUUUUCCACCACCACCUGUUAAGUCACCACCUCCUCCAUACUACUACUCCUCGCCGCCGCCACCCAAGAAAUCACCUCCUCCACUAUAUCACUACACUUCCCCACCACCACCAGUUAAGUCACCUCCAACUUCAUACUACUACAAGUCUCCUCCACCUCCAACUCAUUACUAUCCUCCACAUCAUCAAUUUGUGGUCAAAGUUGUCGGAAAAGUCUAUUGUUUUAGAUGCUAUGGUUGGAAGCACCCAAAAAUGUCUCACGGCAAGAAACACCUGAAAGGUGCUGUUGUUGAAGUAACUUGCAAGGCUGGUGACAAGAAAAUUGUGAGUUAUGGUACUACUAAGAUCAAUGGCAAAUUUAGCAUCACUGUUGAAGGAUUUGAAUAUCGCAAAUAUGGAGCAAAGGCUUGCAAGGCUAAACUCCACAAUGCUCCAAAGGAUUCAAAGUGUAACAUUCCUACAAACCUUCAUUGGGGAAUUAAGGGAGCUAACCUCAAAGUGAAGUCAGAGAAUAAAUAUGAAGUUGUACUCUAUGCAAAACCAUUUGCUUAUGGUUCUAAGACACCUUAUGCAGAAUGCAAAAAGCCCAAACCUACACCUGCUCCAUACUAUUAUAAAUCUCCUCCACCUCCAUCACCGACUUAUGUUUAUAAGUCACCACCUCCUCCAUCACCGGCAUACGUUUACAAGUCACCACCUCCUCCAACCCCAAGAUACGUUUACAAGUCUCCACCACCGCCUAUGUAUUAUUACAAAUCACCGCCACCACCAACUAAGUCUCCAUCACCAUCUUAUUACUACAAAUCUCCUCCACCACCAUCACCAAAACCUGCGCCUGUAUACUAUUAUAAAUCGCCGCCACCACCGUCACCAUCACCACCACCUCCUUACUAUUACAAAUCUCCUCCCCCACCAUCCCCUUCACCACCCCCACCUUACUACUACAAGUCCCCACCACCACCAUCAUCCUCUCCCCCACCUCCUUACUAUUAUAAGUCUCCUCCACCACCAUCACCAUCUCCUCCUCCACCAUACUACUACAAGUCCCCACCCCCACCAACAUCAUCUCCUCCACCACCUUACUACUACAAGUCUCCACCACCACCAUCACCGUCACCACCACCACCUUACUAUUACAAGUCCCCUCCUCCUCCAUCUCCUUCUCCCCCUCCACCAUACUACUACAAGUCUCCUCCACCACCAUCGCCAUCUCCACCUCCACCAUACUACUACAAGUCACCACCCCCACCAUCGCCAUCUCCUCCACCACCCUACUACUACAAGUCUCCACCCCCACCAUCGCCAUCACCUCCACCACCAUACUACUACAAGUCUCCUCCUCCUCCAUCGCCUUCACCCCCUCCACCAUACUACUACAAGUCACCACCACCACCUUCCCCAUCUCCCCCACCACCAUACUACUACAAGUCUCCUCCUCCACCAUCCCCAUCACCUCCUCCACCCUACUACUACAAGUCCCCUCCUCCACCAUCGCCUUCUCCUCCACCACCUUACUACUACCACUCUCCACCUCCACCAGUAAAGUCUCCUCCUCCACCCUAUUAUUACAACUCACAUCCUCUACCCAUGAAAUCACCUCCUCCACCAACAUACGUUUAUGCUUCUCCACCACCUCCAACUCACUACUAAGUAUUUCAAGGAGCUCAUCCAUUCUCCUGAAUCAAUCAAAUUCCAAUUUGAAGCACAAAAUAAAAGAUGGCUUCUUGAGGGAAAGAUCCAAACUUCAGUGCUACAAAUCAAUUAAUUUAUUGAAUGAGGUCUUCAAUUUUACAAUUGGAAGAUUGAUACUUCAUGACAUGGACCAGUUUGCUUCAACUUCUCCUUUGACCUUGGUUAUUGUUACUUUAUUAUUCCUGACAAAAAGUUAUUAGUUAAUUCUUGAAUGUAUAUGAGCUUUGAUGUUUUAUUCUUUUAUCCAAUCAUUUCCUAUUAAUUAUCAUUGUAUGUUGUUUUCUUGUACCUAGCACUUCUAGUAUAAAGCAAUAAGAACAUUAAUAUUGUUAUACUC